AUGGCGUUGGAGGCUCGCGCCCCGUGGCUCCUGGUGCUGGCGCUGGCGGCGUUGGCGUCGGUGACGCAUCUCCAGGCCUUCACAGGCGUCCAAGUGGCGCGGGUGACGCCGGCCCCCAGGGUGGCUGCGCGCGCCGUGGAGAAGUCCACCAUGGAGGAUGAAGAUGAAGAGGAAGAAGAAGAGGGAGAAGAAGAGGAGGAGGAAGAGGAGAUUGAAGACGACGAGGGUGAGGAAGUCCUGAAGAAGGAUUAUUCAUUUGAUGAGAAUGUGCCGAAGAGCUGGUAUAAGCACCGGGCCAUUGACCGCCACAAGGUUAACAUGAAGUUUUUCGAUAUGUUUAAGAAGCCGGUGGAUUUCUUCCCGCACAAGCUUCAAGCCGGAGACACGGUACGAGUCUAUUACCUCGAAGCCAAGCCGGGCCAAGGUGACAAGGAGAUGCGCGGAGUGAAGCUCUCCAAGGACCAGCUGCGGGAGACCUACUUCGACGGCACCGUGGUGAACUUCCGAGGGGACUACCAUGCCCGCACCAUGACCGUGCGUGCCAUGAUUGGCAAAGGCCUCAACUCGGUGGGCUACGAGUUUCAAUUCCCCAUGCACUCGCCCCUCAUCACGCGUAUGCAGGUGCUCAGGCGUGGCUUCAUCGGCCGCAACAAGAACGCCUAUUUCUUGCGUGGCAUGGUGGGCAAGCGAAACGUCAUCCCGCUCGACGAGGUUCGCACGAAGAUGGACGAGACAUACGCCAGCUUGCGCGUAGACGGAAGGGAGGAUGAGAUCCCAUCGCCAGAGUACCCCAAGAACGAGUGGGAGACCUACCCGCUGCCAGUCUGGCAGCAGGACAUGCCAGAAUGGGAUGAGAAGGACUACGACCCAGACAAGGUGGACCAACGCAGUGAGUACGAGCUUAGGGUCAUUGCCAAGUACAAGAUGCGGAAAUCUCGCAGCGGCAAGUAUGGCACUCCUCGCUAG